AUGCCGACGCCCAAAAUUCAAGCUAACCUGGAUAUCACUGCAGCUGCCCUGGGCUCCACCAUCGCAGCCCAGGCCUUCACUACUGCAGUCCAGGCCUCCACCAUUGCUACCACCAGAGUUAACCUGGAUACCUCCACAGUUGGCCUGGAAACCACCAGAGCUAACCUGGACCACACCACAACUAACCUGGAUACCACUUCAGUUAAUCCGGAUACCACCAGAGCUAACCUGGUCACCACCAUUGCUAACCUGGAUACCAUUACAGUUAACCUGGAUACCACUACAGCUAACCUGGUUGCUGCCGCAGCUGCCCGGGCCUCCACCGCAGCUGCCCGGGCCUCCACCGCAGCUGCCCGGGCCUCCACCGCAGCUGCCCGGGCCUCCACAGCAGCUGCCCGGGCCUCCACCGCAGCUGCCCGGGCCUCCACCGCAGCUGCCCGGGCCUCCACCGCAGCUGCCCGGAGCUUCACCGCGGCUGACCGGGCCUUUGUCACCAGCUCUAACCUGGAUAUCACUGCAGCUGCCCUGGGCUCCACCAUCGCAGCCCAGGCCUUCACUACUGCAGUCCAGGCCUCCACCAUUGCUACCACCAGAGUUAACCUGGAUACCUCCACAGUUGGCCUGGAAACCACCAGAGCUAACCUGGACCACACCACAACUAACCUGGAUACCACUUCAGUUAAUCCGGAUACCACCAGAGCUAACCUGGUCACCACCAUUGCUAACCUGGAUACCAUUACAGUUAACCUGGAUACCACUACAGCUAACCUGGUUGCUGCCGCAGCUGCCCGGGCCUCCACCGCAGCUGCCCGGGCCUCCACCGCAGCUGCCCGGGCCUCCACCGCAGCUGCCCGGGCCUCCACAGCAGCUGCCCGGGCCUCCACCGCAGCUGCCCGGGCCUCCACCGCAGCUGCCCGGGCCUCCACCGCAGCUGCCCGGAGCUUCACCGCGGCUGACCGGGCCUUUGUCACCAGCUGUAAGUCUGCAAGAAGAGACAAUAAUAAAUGA